GUGGGUCCGCAUCGCCGAAGAGAAGAUGGCGGCGCUGGGCGAACCUGUCCGGUUGGAGAGGGAUAUCUGCAGAGCAAUUGAAUUGUUGGAAAAACUACAAAGGAGUGGAGAGGUGCCACCACAGAAACUUCAGGCUUUGCAAAGAGUCCUUCAGAGUGAGUUCUGCAAUGCUGUGAGGGAGGUGUAUGAACAUGUUUAUGAAACUGUGGACAUCAGUAGCAGCCCUGAAGUGAGAGCUAAUGCAACUGCAAAGGCUACUGUUGCUGCAUUUGCUGCCAGUGAAGGGCACUCCCACCCCCGAGUUGUUGAGUUACCCAAAACAGAAGAAGGCCUUGGAUUCAAUAUCAUGGGAGGCAAAGAACAAAACUCACCAAUCUAUAUCUCACGAAUAAUUCCAGGUGGAAUUGCUGACAGACAUGGGGGCCUCAAGCGAGGAGAUCAGCUACUUUCUGUUAACGGAGUGAGUGUUGAAGGAGAGCAUCAUGAGAAAGCUGUGGAACUACUGAAAGCAGCCCAGGGGAAGGUUAAAUUAGUGGUACGAUAUACACCAAAGGUCUUGGAAGAAAUGGAAUCACGCUUUGAAAAAAUGAGAUCGGCAAAACGCAGACAACAAACCUAAUCAUUUAAAAACUUUAUGUUCCUCUUUUCUUUUAGCUAGAAAAGAUUUACUUGUGACCUACUGAUGGCCUCAAUGCCAAUGAUUAUAAAACACCAGAAACUUCCGUGAAAUCUUCUUGCCAUUUUAUAAAUGCCUAUUUUAGCAUCACUUACGGUUGUAGAGAAGCAUACACUUUUUUUCUGACGAGAAAAAGUAAAAGGUGACGAGGGCAGUUCUGUCCUGCUGUUUUUACAGGCCUUUUUCAAAUGCAGAGUUUGUCACAAAGUUGUUAUAGAUUUUUAAAAAUGCUUUUUUAAUAUUAAAAUGUACUUUUACAUUCUUAAUCUUUUUUUAAAAAGAGGUUUCUUCAUUUGGCAACUUAUUUACCAAUAACAGUUCUCCAAUAUUUCCUUUUGCUUAUUGCAAUUUCUUUGUGAAAUUUCUUUUCAGUUUUCCAAGAAAUUAAACCUAGCAGUCUUGCCUUCAGCGGUUUAUGACACUGAGUGUUGGCAUUGCUGCUGCAUUUUGUACUUAGAACAUACAUAAAAUAUCUGUAAUCAGUGGUAAAUCAUAGCCAUCGUGGAACCUUUCUACUUUUAUUUAAACAAUGUAUAUGUAUUCAUUUAUACUGAUUUGUAAAAGUAAGUUUUUAAACACUGAAGCAAUCAUUGAUGAAAUAUGUAUUUCAUAAUAUUUAAGCAGGGAGGUGAGAGGAUGUAAUUUGAUUUUUUAGCAUUAAUGACUAAAUCCCUUAUUUAUAUUUAGCACUAUGUCAUAAAUUAUAAAUGCAAACCAGCUCAGAUGUCAACUUUUCAAAUUUUUAGGCUAUUCAUUUGUAUUUAAAUAUAUUUCUCAUAUUUCGGUUCUUCCAUGCCUAGAGAUGAGUCACUUAGUUUGUGCUGAGAGAAAUAGAAACAAGACAAAGUAGUAACUUCAAGUGUGGUGCCUGAAGAGCCCAACAUAAUUACUGACCCAACUUCAGUACCGAUUUGAGACAGGAACGAAAGACAAGGUUUGUUUAAGAUUUAGAAACAGGCAGCUUCUUAAGUCUCACAAUGAGUGGAGUUCAGAGUGCUUCAUAUCUUUAUGAUCCAAAUAGCAAUGGGAGUUUGAACAAGCUUUUUACCAUUUGUCCACUGGAUGUCACCAUUUUACUAAAAGGCAGCUAUUGUGUGAUUGUGACUAAGUCUUCUAAAAGCUGAAAUCAAAGUUGAUUCAUGUUCAGUCGCAGACUAUAGGAACAUUUGUAAAGGGUUUAAGUGACAAUGUAAAGAAACUAAUGGGUUGAAAUGCAGUAAUUUAUCAUAAUUACGACUUUAUUAUCUUUAUUUUUCUUUUAAAAAAAAUGGGCAUUUUGUAACAUUCCUUCAGGAAAAAUGGAAGUGUGUACGUGUUUUUGCAUGUUUGUGAGCACUGUCAGUCUUACAAGAGAUCUGCAGUUUUCAGUGGUUUUCAGAGUAAAAGUCAAUCAGCAUUGUUAUUUAUCAUUUAGGAAUUGAACACUGGAUUGUGCAUGGUUGAAUGUCUUUAGUCCACUACAAAAUGUGCUUGAUAUUGAUAGAAUCAUGUUGAAUUGUAUAUUUUCAAAAUUAGCUGAUAUGUUUUUAAAAUGUUGACACCAAAGUAGUAUAGAAGAGUAUGACAUAUUUUAAUUUAAUUGUAAGAUUAUUAGAGGUAUUUGUUGUAAAACUCUGUACUAAAGUUGGUGCAUAUAGAACAGUAAUAUUAUUGUUGUGCUUGUAUUCAUACUUAACAGGGCAAAUACACCCAGGGGAAACCUUGUCUCAGCCUAGCUACUCCGGCUGCAGUUGCUCCUGAGGACGCAUCAGCGUUCCAUUAUAAUUACAGCUUCCUGGUUCGUGUUUCAGCGAUUGCACAAUUUCAGCCAAGUUACAGGGUUUUUUUUUCUUCUUUUAGUUUGUCGAGUAAACUUUUCUGCAGUAAUUCACAAUCUGUUCUUUCUGUGGGUUGAUACCUAUUUAUAAUUCUUAAAAGUAACUUAAAGGAGCCAAAUGCAUAGCUUUGCUUGGUAUGAUUGAGCAUGAGUAGCAAUAGCUUGCUUUCAUUGAUACAAUUUUCGUAGCUCAGAAUUUUAAAUAUUGACCAUAGGAAAAUGCCGUGGCAGAUGUACAGUAGUCUUCUUGUGAACAAGAAAGUGAAGGAGCAUUAUCUAAUAAAUGGAUGGUUUGUGAAUAAGACCAAGCGAGCAGUAAAUAUAUAAUAGUGUUUGUUUCAUUUGUAACUUACAAUGCAAAUUUCCCUUUGCCCCAGUCUUCCAUUUAUUUUCUUAAAUAGUUCAGACUGAGUUGACUUGGUGGUUCUCAACCUUAGCUGCAUGUUAGAAUGCCCUGCAGAGCUUAGAACUUAAUGAUACCUAGGUCCCUUCCAAGAACAGCUAAGUCAAAAUCAUUUCUUUGUUGGUUAACAAUUUUAUAUAAUGUGUUUUGACCAAGUGUACCCCUUAUUGCCUUUAGAAGCUCAUUCUGUAUAGUUCUGAUGGAAACCCACCUUUGAGAAGCACUCGCUCAUGGAAUUUCCGAUUAUACUGGACUCUGGAAGUACAUUUAAUCAGAAGCUAAGUAAUGAUUGAUUGUAUUUCUUAGUACCUCUUUAUGGACUUCAAAGAUAUUUGGCUUUCCUUAUUUACAAUUCACAGUUGACCUUUUUGGAGAUCUCUACGUAUCCCUAGCUGUCCUGGAAUUCACUGUGUAAACCAGGCUGGCCUUUAAAGUGGAACCUACCAAUAAUUUAAUUGUAAAAUUCAGUGCUUUUUCCUUCUGCCCCAUUUACCUUUAAAAAAAUGCUUUUAGGUUAUUUGAAAGAGCAUGUGUAAAAUUGUCAGAUGCGAAACCACUGAGUGAUGAUUGUGUGCUGUCUCCAUCAGCUCCUUCGCCCAUCACUGUGCCCGCCAUUGUUGUAGCCGUGUUUAAAGCUUGAUGGUUUAGUUUUUAAGAUCGUCUUCCUGUUGUAAAAUUUUAAGGUAUUUUGUUCAGGUACUUUGUUUACAAUUAAAAUGAAUAGAAUCUAAUAGGAGAUAUUGUUAUGGCUUACCUGGAAAGCAUUGCCAGCAUGACUUGGUAUAGACUUAAAAGAAUACAUGUGAUUAUGAUGUGGAAUGAUCAUUGACAUAUAAGGACUCUAGUGAUUGUACCUCCUAAAUAAAUGUCUGUGCGUUUUUAACUUAGUCAUUUCUCUUCUGGCAACAAUCUCAUUUUAUAGUUUUUAAUUGUCCAAAAUUUACGAGUAAUGUUUAUUCAAAGGUUGUUGAAGUGAUAAUAGUUACAUAAUAGGGAACAUCACUUGAUUAUUAAUUUUAAAGAAGUUUUAAACCAAUUUGUAACUGGACAUGGUUUUUAAAAAUACUGGCAAAGGUUUGAUACACUUGUACUCUUUUUAGUUUGAGAAAAUAAUUUGGAAUGUGAAACAGUACUUUUCCAAUAGAUGAGUCAUUUAGCAAUUAAAUUCUGAUUCAAGGCUUAUUUAAAAUAUAUUUGUAUGAGUCAUGCUUGUCCUUUGCAUUUGACAAAACUGAUACAACUACAAAUAGAUGUAUUUCUGAACACUGUGUAUAAAAUAACCUUUAGAGUAAAAGCCAAAUCCAUGGUGGUUCCUGAAAUAAAACUUCAGAU